CGUCAGAAGUUAGAGAUUGUCACAUAGAGUAACAGAUCUUUCAGUUUUGCGGGAUCCACAUUCCUAAAGACUUGUUGAGUUAAUUGUUAGUAAUAAAACAAAGUGACAAGUGCUGUGGACAACAAAAGGUACAGCAGUGCGCUACAAAGACAAAGACUUAUCGAGAUUAAAAUCGAGGUGAGAGAUCGCCGCAAACUGUCUAAAAUGAAAACGUACGUGAUGCUGACAUUGGCAGUUUUGUCAAGCAGCAUUAAUGGCGAAGUAGAUGCAUGGGGUGGUCUAUUCAAUCGCUUUAGUCCAGAGAUGCUCUCUAAUAUGGGAUAUGGGAGCCAUGGAGGGUACCCAGGUCGAUCGUCUGCUUUUCUUCAGCAUGGCGGUUCUUUCAAUGAUAAUGGAUUAGACGAAGGAGCGGAAGAGCCAUGUUACGAGAGACGUUGUAACACCAACGAGGACUGUUGUGCUGCUUCCGUUUGCAUUAAUCCCGAUGGAGAAUGGCCGGAAGGACGUUGCAUGUUCAUUUACGGUCUUAAACAGGGUGAGCUUUGCAGGAGAGACAAUGAUUGCGAAACAGGACUUAUGUGUGCCGAAGUCGCAGGUAGUGACAGCCUUUCCUGCCAACCACCCGUGACAUCAAAUAAGCAAUACAGCGAGCAGUGCAGCAUGUCUGGCGAAUGCGAUAUUAGCCGAGGUCUUUGCUGUCAGCUCCAACGACGACAUCGUCAGAUCCCAAGAAAGAUGUGUUCGUACUUCAAGGAUCCUUUAGUUUGCAUUGGCCCAGUGGCAGCGAAUCAAGUGAAGCAAAUUGUCCAAUACACGUCUGGCGAGAAGCGGAUUACCGGAAAGCAAAAUCGAUUGUAUAAGUGAGAAAUUCAAUAAGCAACUUCCUUCGCUUCUUUAAGAUUUUCCUUUAUUCUUAAGAUUUUUUCGCUUCGCAUUUGAUCGAGCU